AUGGUGCUUUACUUUAAAUCAAAUGUCGUCGAUCCCACAAACCCAGUGACCCUAUAUAUGGGUAAGGACAAACAUGAGAACGAAGAAUUGAUUAAACAUUCAUGGGCAGAGGACGUCUGGUUUCAUGUUGACAAGCUAUCAUCCGCUCAUGUUUACAUUCGACUACCCAGCUCGAUGCCCGACAUGGAGGCCAUCCCCGAAGCGUUACUACAGGACUGCACGCAGCUCGUCAAAGCAAACUCUAUCGAGGGGAACAAGAGGGAUAACCUUACCAUAAUUUUCACACCAGCUUCUAAUCUGAAGAAAACGGGGGACAUGGCGACAGGACAAGUAAGUUUUCACUCGGAUAAGAUUGUCAAACGUGUUCAUGUCGCAACACGAGUCAACGCGAUCGUCAAUCGGCUGAAUAAAACCAAAGUCGAGCGGUCGACUGCCGACUUGGAACAAGAAAAAAUCGAACAUGAGAAAGAAGUCAAUAGACAGAAACGCGCAAUUGCAGCCCAAAAAGCAAAGGAAGAGCAAGAACUUCAAGCUCAGAGAAAAGCCGAACAGGAGGCGAGGUCGUAUGAUAAGCUGUUCGAAAAAUUAGAAACCGAGACCUAUCGGGACAAGGGCGAAAAGGUUGAAGGCUUCGACAGCGACGAUGACUUCAUGUAG